AUGUUUAUUCACAAGACACCAGCAGCAUACUAUGGACGAAGUAUUAAAAUUACAUCAGAUAUACUCGAAGAUAAUAAUCAAUUCAUUAUAUAUCGACAAAGUACAGCGUUACUUAGUCAUGGUUUUUCAAGUUGGCCUGCAGCGAUCUCUCUUGGUGAUUAUUUGAUGAAAAGAAUACAUCUUCUAGGAAAUAAAUGUAUCAUUGAACUUGGUGCUGGAUCAGGUUUACUUGGUUUAACUUUAUUAAAAUAUUCAGCUAAAAUUUUGUCAUAUACAUUUACUGAUUAUUCUCCAAUGAUUUUAAAUUUAUUAUGA